UUAGAGCCUUAACCAAAGCACUAACGUCUGAAACCCCAUUCUGUUUCUCCUCCUUACCUUGAUCUUUGUCUUUUCAACACCCAUGGCUUCCCCGAAAACGUUCCCAUUGCCACCUAUGAACAUUAAAUUUUGCUUGGGUUUGGUUUUGCUUCUUAUUGGAACAGCCUCAGCUCAACUAUCCCCAAAUUUCUAUGCAAAUUCUUGUCCCAAUGUCCUUUCCACCAUCCAAUCGGCAGUGAACUCUACGGUUGCAAAUGAGCUUCGCAUGGGAGCGUCCUUGCUCCGUCUUCAUUUUCACGAUUGUUUUGUUAAUGGAUGUGAUGGGUCAAUACUGUUGGAUGACACAGCAAAUUUCACAGGAGAGAAGACGGCAGCUCCCAAUAACAAUUCAGUAAGGGGAUUUGAAGUAAUCGACAACAUCAAAAACCAAGUUGAGAAUUUGUGCCCUGGCAUCGUCUCUUGUGCUGACAUACUAGCCGUUGUGGCUAGGGACUCUGUUGUUGCUUUGGGUGGACCGACCUGGACUGUGCAAUUAGGCAGAAGAGACUCCACCGCUGCUAGCCUAAGUGCGGCCAAUUCCAACAUCCCUUCUCCUGCACAAAAUCUAAGCGGUCUCAUCACUUCCUUCUCCAACAAAGGUUUCACCGCCAAUGAAAUGGUUGCUCUUUCAGGUGCUCAUACAAUAGGCCAAGCAAGGUGCACAAACUUCAGAGGCCGGAUUUACAAUGAAACCAAUAUAGAUUCCUCAUUUGCAGCAUCAUUGAAAUCUAGUUGUUCGAGCAGUACAGCCGGAGACAACAAUCUUUCACCACUUGAUGUUAGCACCCCAAAUGCUUUUGACAAUGCUUACUUCAACAACUUGGUGAACCAAAAGGGCCUUUUGCACUCGGAUCAGCAACUGUUUAACAAUAAUGGCUCCACUGAUUCACAGGUCAAGGCGUAUGGUAGCGACCAGGGAAGCUUCUUUACGGACUUUGCCAAUGCUAUGGUGAAGAUGGGGAACCUUAGCCCACUUACUGGGACAAACGGUCAGAUCAGAACCAAUUGUAGGAAGCUCAACUGAAAAUAAUAUACUAUUCAUUUGAUUCUGUUUAGUGUGACGAGUUAGUUUGAUUAUAUUUAUGUUCUUAAACAUCAAUAAAGAUUCAUUAUAUAAUAAAUUAUUAUAGAAUUUAGGAAUA